AUGGUUUUCAAGGGCUUCUCUUUUCUUACCAUCUCCUAUAUUCUUUCCUUUUUGCUCUUGGCAUCAUUGUCCACAUCAGAUGGCAGUGCAUUCUCCAUCGUUCCACCCGAAACCAUUUGCGGGUCCACCGUAGACCCUAAUUAUUGUAAAAAUGUGCUUGCUAAUCAAAAUGGCAAUGUCUUCGACUAUGGUCGCUUUUCUUUCCGAAAGUCCUUGUCCCAGGCUCGUAAAUUCUUGAACUUAGUAGACUCAUAUCUUCAAAGUAGCUUCUCUUCGUCUCAAUCCACAACUGGCGCUCUUCAAGAUUGCCGAUUCCUUGCUGAACAAAGUUUAGAGUACUUAUCAAACAUCUAUGCUACUGCUAACCAAUCUAGUGGCGUUCUUAACCCUUCUGAAGCCGAAAGUUCUGUAACCUAUCUCAGUGCCGUUUUGACUUGCCACCAAACAUGUUUGGAUGGCCUACAACAAAGUUCAGCAUCAGAUUCAAGAGUGAAAAACGACUUGUCGUCGUCACUCUCUGAUGACUCAAAGCUUCACAGUCUCACAUUGGCUUUGUUCCUUGAGGGUUGGGUGCCUGAGAAGACAAUCAUAAGAUCAUGGCCACAAAAUGGGAGACAUUUGGAUUUCUCACAUGGUCGUUUACCGUUGAAGAUGUCAAACCGAGUACGUUCCAUUUAUGAUUCCGCAAGACACCAUGGGAGAAAACUUCUCCAAACAGGAGAUAACAGCCAGAGCGUUCAGAGUAUGUAUCCAUUGACAAAAGCAAGAAGUAUUUGA